AUAAAAUUGUUUAAAUAUGGAUAAAUUUGAUAGUUUGAAGAUGGAUAUAUAGAAAUUAUUAGAUUCAGAUAAAAUAGUGUUGAUUUUGAUAAGACAUGGAGAGACUGAAGCAAAUUUUACAAAAUAAUUGAGUGGUUGGCACGAUGUAAAAUUGACAGAAUAAGGUUAAAUAAAAUAUAUAUGAUAUUAGGUUUAAAAGAGGGAAAAGAAUUAUCUAAAGCAUUUUAAAUAUUAAGAGAUAGAUUUUCUGGUAUUUACAGUUCAGAUUUAAGCAGAGCUAGAAUAACUGCUGAAUUGGCUUUAGGAUCAGGAGAAAAGAUAUAAAUAAGUACAGAAUUAAGAGAGUUGAAUUUUGGAGAUCAUCAAAAUAAAGUUUAUUCAUCUGAAAACAAAAGCAUUUAUGAAACUCUAUUUACUAUGAAGUAUUAAGCACCAAAUGGAGAGAAUUGGAAUGAUUUAAAGAAUAGAAUAAUGAAUUAUUUAAAAUAGUAAAUUAAAGGAAAGGGAGUAUAUUUAAUAUUCACUCAUGGAGUAAAUAAAUUUAAUCAAUUUAGGGUGCUAUAUUUUCAUUAACUAAUUAAUUUGGAUAUACAAAUACCAUUAAGAAUUGUUCUUGCAUUGGUUUAGAAUUAGAUUGCAAUACUCUUGAAAUAGUUAAUUAAUUAUUUUAUUGGGAAUUUCCCACUUUAUGA